AUGAAUCAAACUCAAUCUAUUACUAGUGUUUACAUCGGAGUAUGCCUUACUUGCAUUGAUGCAUCAAUUGUUUCAAUAAUCAUGAGUCAAAUUGGUAGUGAAUUUGAAAGCGCCAAUCUUGCUACAUGGAUUCAUAGUGCAUACACCUUAGCAACGCUCGUGACUAUGCCACUAGCGGGAAAACUAUCCGAUAUAUUUGGACGCAAAGUCAUACUGGUUGCGAUCAACGCGUUGUUUCUAAUUGGAUCGAUCGGAUGUGGCGCGGCACAAACGUUCAACCAAUUGAUCCUUGCCCGAAUUGUAGCAGGGCUUGGUGGAGGUGGACUCACUUUGAUGGCAAACAUUAUUAUUCACGAUCUUGUACCUGCCAAUAAACGCAGCCAAUAUCAAUCUUACGCAGGAGCAAUACAAACUCUUGGUGUUGCCCUAGGUUCGUCCAUUGGAGGAGUGAUCACCGAUACAUUUGGAUGGAGAUAUUGUUUCAAGAUUAAUAUCAUUCCUUUCGUGUGGAUGUUAUAUAUAUUUAUAUUCCAAAUGAACAACUACAAUGCACCAUCAGCGACAGCCAAGUUGGGAGAGAAACUGCGUUCGAUUGACUUUCUUGGUGCUGCUUUACUGGCCUUAGCCAACGUGACCCUUGCGACAGGACUCUUACUAGGCGGCAAUACACACGAUUGGAGUGACAUCCUAAUUAUUUCGUUGAUAACCACUUCAAUCACUGCAUUUGUCUUGUUUGGAUUCCAUCAAGUCCGAUGGGCCAAGAAUCCUAUCAUCUCGCCUACGACAGCUGCUAACCGCAAUGUGUGUGGCGCGUCCCUGUGUAUGCUUUUGAUCUGUGUGGCGAGCAGCGCCACCAUAUGUCUGGUGCCACAGUUCUUCAUGGGCAUCUUAAAAUUCACAACGUCAAAGGCAGGGCUCUGGGCGAUGGCGGAGGCAUUUCCAAUUCCUGUUGGAUGCUCGGCUGCCGGACAAUAUAUUCGAUACAGCGGACACUUUAGAAACUACCUGACUGUAUCGGCUGGUUUCUAUGCUAUAGCAUUGUACUGUAUCAGUCGAUGGAUGGUUCUGCUUGUGCCCUUUUCAGUCGGGGUAAUUUGUAUUGCAUUGGAAGGAUUUUUUGCCGGCUCUGCUAUUGUUGGAAGCGUCAUUGCAGUAGGAGCAGAUAUACCGCAGGAAGAAAUCUCUUCUGCAAUGGUGGUUUUGACUAUGUGUCGUUUUAUGGGUAAUCUAAUGGGUCCUGCAGUUUCCUCUGCCGUCGUACAAGGAAAUUUGAAGACACUUUUGCUUGGUCGAAUAGAUGGUCCUGAAGCUCAAGAGGUAAAGCAAUUGAGGAAUUUUUUAUUAUUAUUUUUAGCUCGGCAUAUAGGAUACUAA